GAGCACCAAAGUCAGGCCUGUAGCGGUAAAUCAACGAAACAGAGAACUGUAGAAGCAAAGAAGCAGCGAACUAGCGAAGCAGACAAGUAGAGACCUGCUGCCACUCACGCCGGCCGACGUUCGCCACUUCGCCGGAAAGCUCGGAAUCAGCCUAGUCGUCACGGCUUCGCCCUCCGGCCUCCACCCUUGCCUGCUCUCUGAGCCAGUAGUCUUCCAAUUUUCAUGAGGAAGCUUGAAUAAAUGCUGCAACUUUCCGUCAGCUGCCUCUCUGUUCAGUCCUCUACUUCACUAAUUCUGUGUCCCCGUUCGCCAUUAUGUUUAAAACCCCAAAGUUCUUUCCUCCCAAAGACACUUGAAUGGAAUUCCUGGAGAUCUUUUGCAAUUGGACAUUCUCCAUUACUAUCAAGAUCGAGGAAAUCAAUCUGCAGACCGCUCUUGGGGAAAUACGUCAGUGAAGAUUACCUGGUGAAGAAACUGUCAGCCAAAGAAAUUGAAGAGCUGAUAAAGGGAGAAAGGAAUGUGCCCCUAAUAAUCGAUUUCUUUGCCACAUGGUGCGGCCCUUGUAUACUUAUGGCUCAGGAACUUGAAAUGCUUGCUGUAGAGUACGAAAGUAAAGCACUCAUUGUGAAGGUUGACACAGAUGAGGAAUACGAAUUUGCCAAUGAUAUGCAGGUCCGAGGAUUACCCACAAUGUACUUCAUCAGCCCAGAUCCAAGGAAAGAUGCAAUCAGAACUGAAGGGCUCAUCCCAAUACAAAUGAUGAGAGAUAUCAUUGAUAAAGAAAUGUAAACCAUUGUAGUUUUCCUCUUCUCUCAGGAAGUUUCUGUACCUUUGCUCUUGUCUAUGAUGCUGUAUUAUGAGGUAUUGAAUUCAAUUAGAACAUCUCCAGUUCAAUGAUAAUAAAGGCCAAAAAGCUCCAAC